UUUUGCUUCAAGAUCUGGAACGAGGACAACCGUCGAGGCGUUGAUGGAGUUCGACCCGAUAACCAGUACUUCCGAUAUUUUCCACAGGUUGUACUUGUUGGCAACAAUCGUAUUGAACUGGAACAUAUCCCAAUGCAGAUCGAAGAGGAUGGAAAGUACAAGGUUCGACUCCAUGAAUCCGAGUGGCGCUCGCGUCAAAGUCCUGAGUUGCCAGUCACCCGUAAGCAGAUGAUGAUAGCCCUGCAAAAUCUUCAAGGCGUCUUCAUUCGUGGUACCUACAAUUAUCCAGCAAGAGGAGAUGCAAUAACCAUGAGCGAGGUAAACGAUGCCGAAUUUCUUAAAAAGGGUCAAUUUCUGAAAUUUCUGUCGCAGAUAUCACUGGACGUAGCCGUACCCUCGUCUCCUGAUGUGUCUGGAUCAACUGCAAUUGGCGUUGAGCAGUGUUCCAACUGCCCUCAAGGCUUCACGGGUACAUCAUGCCAAAACCCUGCUGUGGGAUACUGCAGAAAGAAACAGCGUGACUACCUGAACUCUCCGGACGAUAUGGCGCUCAUUGGCUGGUCUGAGCCGUGUGCUUGCAACGGCCACUCAAUCACCUGCCAUCCAGAAACUUGCAUCUGCACGGAUUGCGAGCACAAUACUACUGGAGAUCAUUGUGAUUUGUGCAAAAGUGGCUACAUUGGCGAUGCGAGGGAGGGCGGAGCGAAAGCAUGCACCAAGUGUGCUUGCCCACUUGUGGAAAACUCUUUUAGUGACACUUGCGUCGCAGUGGAUUACGGAAGAGGGUAUGUGUGUAACGCGUGCAAGCCCGGCUACACUGGACAGUACUGCGAGAGCUGUGUGGUGGGCUAUUUCGGUGAACCAUCGAUGCCAGGCGGAUUUUCUUUGCCCAACGGCUCAUUGAACGGCGCUUGCAAUCCACUCACUGGCCAAUGCGAAUGUCGUGUCGGAGUGACUGGAAGAGACUGCAGUCGUUGCCAGCAUCGUCACGCUUUCAUUGGAGGAGUUUGCACCUCUUGUGAUCAAGGCUGUUAUCUACCGCUGAUGACCAUGGUUGAUGAGUUAGAGAUGACGUUGGCCAAUCAGAACUUCACUACUCUGCGCCCAAUCCCAUGGAAACGACUUUCCCGAAUCGGAAAUAACACCGAAUUGAUGUUCGAGUUCAUGAGAGGACUGGACGAAGGCGACGGCGAAGUGGGCGGAAUCGUCAGGGACAGCAAAUAUGCCAAAGAAGCGUUUGCAGUUGUUGAAGGGGCUCGCUUCCAAAUGGAACGAAUGACCAAAGGCGUCACAUCGUUGGAACAAUUCACCGCUUUGGCCGAGAAACUGAUUCUGGACGCUCAGCUCACUUAUAGCAACGCAUUCAACACAACUCAAUUCCUCAAGCACUUCCACAUGUACGGUGGGACCACCGUAGGUGGAGCGACAUUGGACGCAUGGGUUCGCGAAUCCGAAGCUCAUUACAAUGCCACCCUCGAUCGUGGCGAGUACAUCGAGAAAAGGCUGAAUCGUGCUGAACAGGAACACAAGAAAAACGAGGAGUUGCUGAAGAGGGUAUUUGCCAAUAAGCUGAAUGAUACGUCUUUUGAGAAUAUCCAAGAUCGACUGGAUGAAUUUGACCAGUGGCUAGAAGACUACAGGUAUUGA